GUAAAAACGGUGCAUGCUAAUAACAAAGAAAACUUGAAACUGAAAUAAUUUACAGACUGGAGAGUUCCUAGAGGCCUACUAUGUCUUCCUUGCACCAGAGACCAUUUAUGCAUUUGCUGACAACUCUGCUGCUGGUUCAUGUAGCUGUUCACUCAAGUCAUGGCGGCCUAUCCGUGACUUUUGACUGGUCCUCGAACGUCACUACUAGGCAAGUAUUCCAGCUGCGAAUUGGAGAUGCAAUCAUUUUGCAAUGUGCCGAAAAUUUCGUCUCAGACAUUGUGCAACAGACCCUUGCUCAAGUGGAUGCCUGUAACAGCAGUAUAGAUAACCCAAAUGCUGAAGAUCCUGUCGCGGUGAACACCUGUUUUGCAGAUGGUAGUUUUGUGUCUAUAAAUCUGCAAACAUCAUCAUUCCAAGCUGGGGAGAACUACUAUUACACCAGUUAUUCUGCUGUAAACGCAACAAUAGCAGUAGGUGGUGGCUUGUUUGAUGGAACAGCUGGAGGGCAGUGCUCUGCUGGUCUCCAACUGGAGAUACAGAUUCUCAAUGACCCAACGACAGAUCUACCUACUGUAGACAACACUGAAGCCUUAACCAUGAAUGUAUGUGGAUCAAUAGGCGGUGCCAGUCAGAUGAGAUGCUGCACAUAUCUGACCAUCGUUAUUUCUGUUGUAUUGUGUGUCUUACUGUCAAAGGUUCUGUACUAGCUUUCACGCGCAGUGUAUAUAUAGUUAUGUGAUGACAAAUCACUUUAUUUUUAACCAUAUAUACGUCUUUUAUGCAUCAUCAAUAAUUAUAGUUACUUGCAUGCAUGACCUGGACAAUUCAUCGUUAACUCUAA